CGCAUACGAGCUUUCGAAGCUGGCGAGAGAUGUGAGGCACUAUUGAUGUCGCUACUGUUGCCUUUUGCUGCGCGUCUCGCCAGACAUGUCCAAGACCCUCGUGACGAUUGGCUCGAGACCGAUGCUCGACCUUGCCGUCAACCAUGGACUGCAUCUCACGGCUCGGCCAAGGCCAUACCCUCCAAUCAAGCGUGCGUCGACGUGAAUACCCCAGAACAACUGCAAAAAGAGUGCGUGACAUGGCAGUUCCUCUCAGAGCCAUCAUCUAUGCACCCGCUGUUGAUGAGCGGCAAUAUUCUUCCUCUCGGCGCUUCGUCUUCCGUCUCCUCUACCACCACCACUGGUCUCAUUACCUUGACUGUUCCCGCGCACUCUCCUUGCCUCUUCUCUGCCAUCAUCGCCGUCGCUGUAGUUGCUGGCCACCUUCAGCUUUCUUUCGUUGCCAGCCUUUGUUGCACCUCUGCUCGUUGACCGUUGACCGGCAACACAAUACAUCUUGUAAUACUGAAUCCCUCAACCCAUCCCCCACCCGUCGAUCGGGCCAACAACUUCCCAUCGCGCUCCAAGAGGCGAGACGAGUCAUCAAAUAUCUUAAUACGACUGUCGAAGGCUGGGCCACGCAGACAUGAGCAUUCUUCAACCCACGACAUAUCAAUCUCCACCCCGGCUGGGCCGCGGACGACAUCUUAAUACUAUUUUGGAGGAAAAGGAAGAUGCACAUCACGCUUCCAAGAGUGACAGUGAAGGGGACAACAGCGACACCACCAUCAUCGGUCGUCCUGCCGCAUGGAAUCCUAGCCUCUUUACCGCCAACCCUCGCAAGAGUUCACUGGCCACCACAGCGUAUGCUUCCUCGCCCGUUUCGUCAUGUGAUCCUUCUCCUGCCAGCAGUGCCGGCGAAGGGAUCCAGCGCAACUCGGUUCGAUCCUCAUACACUGGAAGCGAUUCAGGAACCGUUUUCAGCGACGACUGCCCCUCGUUGGCCAGCGAUCCGACUACCUUUGCCUCCGAGUCUAGCAGGAACAGCCUGGCUAGCAACAGGUCCAGCCGGAACCGAUAUCCCUCCUUGUUGAUCCCCACCGACUCAUGGGCAUCCAUGGAUAGUCCGAUCAAAGAAAUCGCCUACGGCAUGUCUCCAGCCACCAAGAUCCGCCUGUCCUCCACCGCGCUCUCGUCCCUCUCAAGGGCACUCCCUGCAAUAAACGCACCCCCUUCUCUUGGUGACAGUAACAGUACCACUUCCGACUCGCCUUGCAUCUCCAUCCACAGCGCUCCAGUGACUCCAGACAUAAGACAGUUGCAAACCAAUGAGGGCCAAGCGUGGGGGACUGUAGUCCCAAGGGAUCUUGGAACCCAAUCUCUUGAGAUCGCUCUGGACGACGGCCACAGUAUGAUCCUGUCACCGGCCGAGGUAUACUCUGCCAACUCCGCCCAUGCCUUCUCAGCACUUCGGUCACCUGUCGAUUGGAGUGAGAUUGUGGUCAGCUUCCCUCAAGUUCCAGGUGCAACUCCGCAGGACAUGUCACCCUUGAUGCCAACGCUUGACGAGCUAAAGCCCCUCGAGCACAAGCAACCAUCCAACGGCUCCGAUCUGGGUGUAAGACUGCCAUUGGAGGCGCUUCAAACACUCCAACGCAUGUCACGACAGAGGGGCUCAGAUGAUGCUUCGUCAUCGUCGGACGAAUCACGUCCGUCCAGGAAGGCUGCACAAGGCAUGGAAAUGCGUCAAGUUUCCGAGGGGGAUCCAAUAAGUCGCCCGCGAAGUGCUGACGGCGUGACACCGGUGUCCGAUUACAGCUUCUCCCAACUCAGUAUUCCUUCCCCAGGAGGUUUCUUCUCGUCCUUGCAGAAUGGCUCGCGGCAUACUUGGUGCCUCAGCAAGCCCAAAGGGCCAAGCAUGCCCAAUACGGCGACAGCCGAGUUGUUCUACAACCGACCAUGGGAAGCGGGUAGCUCUGGCAAUGUGGUCGAGACGGUGCUCUCCGUGGAAGACACAAAUCAAACCGAGGGCCCUCCAACAGCACGUCAAGCCACAUUUGAUCUGGCAGAAGUGGCACCGCCCAAGAAAAGGGGUAGCCAGCAAUCUGAAGACACUGAUCUAUAUGGGCCGAGCCUCCCCCAACCCGCCUUGCCAGAGCCUCGAUCAAGCUUCGAAUAUGAUGAAAAGUACUUUGACGAGCUCAGGCAUAUUUCUGGGACUAACCUCGACCGCACAGGGUCGUGGUUGGCGGACCAGACAGGAUAUAUGUCUGCGCUGCUUGGUGAAGAUUCCAGCAGUGAGUUUGGAGAGGAACCUAUCUCGGGGUCACAGGCAGCCCCUGACAAUAAAGUUGCUGCCCGACGAACCGUCCAAUUUUCUAACGAACCACCAACCGUGGUUGCAACGUCCAAAGAGGAUGGCAAUAAGGACAGCCCAAGGAGCGAACCAGAAGUGAAGGAGCCCGUUUUUCUUGCCGCAUUUCAGCAUCUGGCCCGGACUCGGAGAAGCAGAGACGCAUUCAUUCACUCGACGUCGAGACUUGAAGCCGUUCAAACUGCCAGGGUCGCCAUGCCAGAGAAGCACAUGACAAAUAUCCUGGGGCAGCACGUCAUGGUUGACCCUUCACGACCGAAAUAUGCCGGGCCCUUUAGCCAGAACCCUCGACGAACGGGAGUGUUUGAACGGACAGAGGAGCAAUUAGCAUAUGUCAAAGCCGAACGCGAGCAAGCAGCACUAGCGUCAAUUGAGCCAUCGGGUUGGCAGGUCGAUGCACUGCGGUCUUUGUAUCAUGGCCGCCUGCUGGCAUCUACGGAAGCUUGCACAAGGCUGAGAGCAAAGUCCACUGUACCUCUCGAUGACCCAUCCUGCAUUGGGAAGAAAAGAAUACGAAUCCUCGACUUCGGAGGUACGUCUUCAUCGUCAUGGGCAUGGAGUGCGGCGUUGGAAUGGCCGAACGUCAAGAUAUACACGGUGGUGACCAAACAACAAGCGCAGCUGCAGCGUCCGACAGGCUGCCCCAAGCCUGAAGCACCAGGAAACCACCGCACAGUGUCGGUGCCUCACCUCUGGCAGUUGCCGUUCCGAAGCGGGCAUUUUGAUGUCAUCUCAGCCCGUAGCCUGCACGUGCUCCUGAAGAACAACCCCGUUCCGGGCGUACCAGAAAUCGACGAAUGGGACAUGACACUGAAGGAAUGUAUGAGAGUGCUGAAACCUGGUGGAUACUUGGACUACAUGAUCAUGGACUCGACUAUUGCUCACGCCGGCCCACGAGGUGAAGCCAUGGGCGUCGAAUUUGGAUUUGAGCUCCAUCGACGAGGCUACGCCCGAGAGGCGGGGAGGAGCUGGUUACGCCGACUGAAGAAGGAGGGAUUUGUUGGCGUGAAGCGAGCGUGGAUGUUUAUGCCAAUGGGUCGCAAACCAAUCAAAGAACUUGAGGAGCACGUCCAUGGCUACACAGGAGGAGUAUGGCAAACCUGGCGACAAGGAGCGAAGCCGUUUGUGCCUGCGCCACGACCCAUUAGCGAAGUGUCAACCAUCAGCAAGAUUGUCAAACAGUAUAUGGAUGUGGAAGCGGUCCAGGGCCCUGUGGGCAGUACUCAAGAUGUGGCAGAUGUGACUGGGUUGCUCGGAGCUCGCAUGUGGGAGGAGUGGGUGGUCAAGGUUCGAUCCGAGUCGGGCCGGGAACAGAGUCGAUGGUUGGAGGGUAUCGAUGAGAUGAUUGAGGAAGGAAAGGAACAGGGCUCUGGGUGGAAGGUUCUGAUCGGCUGGGCCAGGAAGCCCAAGGCUCCCAGACAGCAGAAAGCGGAACGAGCAGAGAUCACGGUGGCGGUUGAAAACUUGGACGAGCUGGACGUGCUUGACGAACUGGACGAACUGGACGAUUUGGCCUCGUCAGGGGAUGAAACAAUGGAGACGGGCAUGAUCCCGAUGUUGAUACAAGAAUGACGGGGAGGAUUGAGAUUUGGUGUACGUCGUGGUCAUGGCGACUGAACUGGCAUACACUUGUGCCAGCGUCGUUCUCAAGACCAUGAUCAAGCAACUUUCGUUUUGAUAUCUCAUUGGGUAGAUCCGGCUUUCCAGUAGCGAGUUAGUGUACAGUCAAUGAACAUGUUGAGGUAC